AUGAUCCACUCGUACUUUGACGUCCUCAUUAUCGGUAGUGGCCUGAGUGGCAUCAACUCGGCCUACCGCAUUCAAGAGGCGCUACCAGAUGCCAGAUUCGCCGUCCUCGAAGCGCGACACGAGCUUGGUGGGACAUGGUCGCAGUUCAAGUACCCGGGCGUGCGCUCCGAUUCCGACCUGCACACGCUGGGCUUUCAAUUCUACCCAUGGCGCGCGAAGAACCCAAUUGCGACGGGGCCGAGCAUCAUGAACUACUUGCAGGAGACGGCACAGAAAUUCGACAUAGACAAGAAGAUUAGAUACCGACACAAGGUCCUAUCGGCGGACUGGAAGAGUGACCAGCAGCACUGGAAGCUGGAGGUCGAGGUCGACAAUGAGGUUGGCAGAGAGCCGCGCAUCGUCACAUACUGGACCAAGUGGCUCAUCAUGGGCACUGGCUACUACAACUACACAGAGCCGCUGCAGGCGAAUAUUCCUGGCAUUGACAAGUUCCAGGGCAAGAUUGUGCACCCGCAAUUCUGGCCACAGGACCUCGACUACAAGGACAAGAAGAUGAUUGUGGUGGGCAGUGGGGCGACUUCCAUCACACUUCUGCCCGCACUCGUUGACGGUGGGGUGGGCAGUGUGACGCAGUUACAGAGGAGUCCCAGCUACAUCAUGAGUAUACCACAGGAUGAGGAGGUAUGGUGCGAGAAGUGGGCACCAGAGUGGUUUACCCUACGAUACAAGCGCUUCUUGUUCCUCGUCAUACCAGUGCUCCUCUACAAAUUCUGCAUCUGGUUCCCAUCCCUCGCCGCCUCCGUCCUCGUCAAGAAAGCUGCCUCGCAACUCCCGCCUGAAUUCCCCGUAGACCCCCACUUCAAACCCGGCUACAACCCUUGGCAACAGCGCAUGUGCCUGUGUCCCGAUGGCGACUAUUUCAAAGCCUUCAACUCGGGCAGAGCACACAUCGUGACGGACACAAUCAAGAACGUUCACGCUGAUGGCAUCGAGCUGACCAGUGGACAUAAGCUGAACGCCGACAUCAUCGUCACAGCCACCGGCCUCAAUAUGCAACUCCUCGGAGGCAUAGACGUGAGCGUAGAUGGCGAGAAGGUCGACAUAUCCUCGCAAUACAUGUGGCGCAACAGCAUGCUUACCAACCUUCCCAAUCUCGGCAACAUCCUCGGCUACUGGAAUGCGUCUUGGACUCUCGGCUCUGACCUUGCAUCCCGCAUGUUCGUGCGCCUCAUCAAGCACCAGCGCGAUCAUGGAUACACGAACGUGGUACCGGUGAUUGAUGAAAAAGCAAAGGAAAAGACCACGUCGGCUAGUCCGCUGAAUAGCACGUAUAUUAAGAACGCCAUGAGCAAGAUGCCACAUUGUGCAGAUAGCGGACCGUGGAAGCCGAGGGAUAAUUGGUUUUUGGAUUCUUGGGGAUUGAAGACGGGGAGUUUGGAGGAGGGGCUGAAGUGGGAGAAGGUGGUCGUUGAGUAG